CGGGCAGCGCUGGGUGGGGCCGCGGCCGCUGGCGCGGCGGGAGGGGAGCGGCCACCUGUGCCGUGCCGGCCCCUCGCGGCGAGGCGGCGGCGUUCGUCCGGGCCCGGCCCGCGGCGGCGGCGGCGGCGGCAGCGACGGGGGAAGAGGCUUUGGCUGGUGUCCGAGAGACCGCGGGUCGAGGUGGUGGUAAGGACCGAGCGGAGCCCCGCCGGCUGUAAGUCUUCCCGGGCGGGGGGGGGAGCGGCAGCGCGGAGGGCCGGCCUCGGCCUGUCGGCGGUGGCUGCUUCUCCUCAGUGGCGCCCUUGUGACAGAGAAAGUGUCCCGGCUGCAGCUGGCCGGUGACCGCUGCGUGCCUUCAGAGGAGACCUGGGUUCCACAGGGUUGUGUUUGUAGUCUUUUAAUAUGGCUAUUGGAGAGUUCAUCCUUCUCGGCAGGAAAACUAUGCCCGCUACCUCUUUUAGUUAGCCCCUGCAGCACAGGGACCAUUUUUCUGUUGGAGGCUGGUCAUCUGUUUUAAGCAUACUGGAAAAAACUUUCCGUUCAGAUGCCGGAGAAGGCGGGUGUGGGUGAUGUGCCCAGAUUUACUGGUAACAGCCUCCUCGGGCUGUGUUUCCAGUGAAAUGGCCCCCCAUCUGGAGGCAGCAAGCUGCUGGAUGAAUAUCAUCACUGUUGAAUGACCUAGCCUUACAGCUAAGAGUUCUUAAAAAGCUUCAGAAGCCACGUGGCUGUCUGCUAAUGUGUCAGUUUAUUACUUACUGUCACCAUUACUGCAUUGCAAAUCUCCAGGAUUCUUGCUAACUGUAGGAAUGGGAACAUCUUUCAGGUGUAAGUUGAAGACUGCAUUCGGUUUAACCUUUGUACUCUAGUAUCUGGCAUCUCGUUUAACUACGUGAAUUGUCCCCGUGACUGCUCCUGAUACUAUAACUUAGGAGUAUGUAUUUUAUGUGAUGUUUGCUCUUUCUGGUCUCGUCUCUUUAGUAUUGGUAUACUGCAGCGCUAUCUGGUGGUGGUAUGGUGUUGUCGCCCCACGUCCCUGCGUUUCUUUUUUUGUUGAAGUUUCCUCUUUUGAAUCAACUUUUGAAACUGCCUUCCUAGGUUGUUGUAAGUUUCCUUCAUGGUCACUGUCAUCCUAGCUGUAAUGGGUUUUAUAUUAAUUUUUCCUAAGCAGUAAGUUAAAUUCAGGUAGUUCAGGUAAGAAUAAUUUCAGCAGACAUAUUGACAAAAUAAGAAACUGGGUAUAUUAUUUGAGAGAAACAGUAGAGAAUAAGGCCCCAAAAGUGCUUCUUAUUGACUUUUCCACAUAUCUUGUAUGUAAAUAACUUUGAACACAAUCGCAGAAAAGACUGUGGUUUUUUGGUGUACUUCUCAACGUUUGGGUGUUUGUUUUAUGUGAUUGAAACAUUAAACCACUUAUGCAUUUGUCCAGCAUUUGAUGUCCCCAUGGCACUGAAUAGGUCCAAAGGAGAUACGAACUUCUUUGGUCUUUUCUUCUGGCAGGGGACCACCACCCCCUCUCACUCUUUGAAGCUCUGUUCACCAGCUGCUAAGCCUCUGAAAAGGUGAGAGAAGGAUGCAGAUGCCUAGCAUGGCUGCCGCCCAUUGCCAUCUGGAGGUGUGCAAGCUCAUGUUCAACAUUUGCUCCUCUGUUUGGGCACUGUGAUGCUGUGCCCCGCAGUUGAGCAGGGGGUGCUGUGAAGGUGGCUGUGGUAGAGGUUGUUCCAGGAUCAGUUAGUGAAACACACUGGACCAGCAGGGGCAGAAAUUGCUGGGGUAAGGAGCUGGAGUACCUUUGUGCCUGUGAGCUGGCUUGUGUACAGGCAGAGUGUUUGUCGAGUGCUGUGAGGGUAUCCUACCUGUCAGAGUGGCUGAGCUGAUUUCAGUGAUAGCCUGCGCCGUGCUCCCCCCCGCCCCCCCAAGACGCAAAUGGAAAUUUUCUGUAGAACUAGUUGUGUUGAAAUGUCUGUGGUGAUUGCUCCUGUGGACUAGUUAUGCUGAAAUGUCUGUGAUUGUUUCUGCAGAAGUACCUGUGUGUAGCAGCUUGUUGAACCAUGCUUGUGUAAACACAUGUAUACAUAGUGUUGUCUGUAUUGAGGUAGGUGUGUGGGUGUACCUGUGUGUAAAUAUACUUGUACAGACACAGAGAUGUGGUCAGGUUCGUGAAGUGCUGCAUGUGUCUAAAGUAAAGCUGCUCAGGGAAGGGUGAAGAACAUGACUUAAUGCUCUGCCUGCUUGCCCAGCACCUGAGCUGGGCUGUGAACUUGGGUGCAGGAAGGUAGAGACAGCGUUGGUGUCUGUGCAUAGACUAAACAUGUGGCACGGAGUCUGAAAUGUGCUGAGGGUUGGGAGUUCUCUUCCCUUUGGACUGGUGUGUUGCCCAAGGUGACUUGCCCUGGAAAAGGGCAACAGUGAGAGGAGAGGGGCUGCUUCUGGAGAGAGCAGCACAGACUAAGUUUACGUGGAGUCCUGCAUAGUGGUGCUGUGCUGGGAAGCAGCUGCCUGUUGCUGCUGCCACUUGGAGAGAGCACUGCCCAGGUACACGAGCAGCAGUUGCUUGCCUUCAUGUGCGGGGAGGUGAGGGGCUCUGCUGUCAUGUCUUGAGCUCAAGAGGUUGGAGGAGAGGGAGGUCACCUUGUGCCAAACCACUGACUCUGUGUGUUGCACGUUAGCUGCUGGGGGGUGAAGAUCAUGUGUUUGAGGCACACGAGCAUGCUCAGUAUUAGGACUGAGCUCUGCGUGCAGCACACUCAUUUUGAGCAGGGUUGGGUCCUGGGUGGUGCGAGAGCUGUGUCUGGCUUCGGUCCACAGUUGUGGUGGGGAGGUUUCUCUGGUGAGAUUGCCCCUGCGGCAGGUGGGCAUCUGUGAGAAGAACGGCUGCCCAGGAGUGCAGAGCCUGCCUGGCAGUGCUUGUGCCUGGAGCUUGCCCGCAUUUUGUGAGUGCAGCUGGCUGGCCCUGGAGAAGCCCUGAGUGUGUGGAUGGCUGAGGGCUUCAGCUGUCUCUGGCACCUGCUUUGAAACAGCCUGCUGCACUGCCCAGCUGUGGCUGGUGGGAGCCCUUGCUGGCAGGUAAGUCUUCUCCUGACGUGUCCCACCAGCACAGCCUGUGGCUCCAUGGAAGGUGCUGUUGGAGAUGAAGCGGCAGACUGCUCAUGCCUUUACCAGCGCGGCAGCGGCGGUUGCCUGGGGAUGAGAUGGGGCGGCGCUGGCAAUGGCUUUGUCACACUCCUGCUGUGUGCAGCCCCUGGCUUGCAGGGAGCAGGUGUCACUUCUGUUGGGUUUUCUCUCUGAAGAGGCGUCUGUGGAGUUGAGGCAUCGUGUGCCUGUGGGUGGUAUGCAUAGAUGAAGAUGCAGGAGCCUGAACUUAUUGCAAAAACACUGCGAGCUGUUCUUCAUCCCUUUAAAAACGGCGUACCUUUGUCAGAGCUUCAGGGUGAAUACAAAUCCCUGACCGGUGAGUGGAUUCCCUUCAGGCACCUAGGCCAUGGCACACUGGAAGGCUACUUGGAGAGCAUCCCAGCAGUGGUCAGAAUGGAAGAAAACAAAAUGGGACAGGUCAUUUGCCACGCUGUUGCUUGCAGCGAGACUGUGCCAAUUGCUCAACUGGUGGCUCGGCAGAGGAGUUCCAAGAAGAAAAUGGGACGGCAAGUGAACUGCCAGAUGAGGCUGAAGAACACGUCUCCAGUCACGUUAGCAGGAAAGCCCAAAGGAACUUUGCGACAGCCCAGGUGUUUGAGCAUGCCAGAAGAAGGCGGCAAGAGGGCUGUUCCUCGCCCACCACGAGGUAGAGGAGUGGCAUGUGGCAUGGUGAAACCCAGCGCGGAGAGUGUGCGGUCUGCCUUGCCACCGGCUGCUGGGAGCGGAGCACCUAAAGAAAUUCCCAUGCAGAGGCAUGUCACUGUAGUGAACAGGUCUGAGAAGAGACUAACUGUCCCACCACGGUUUCAAAAGGAGUUGCAAGUUCACCUGUCUAGAAGCUCUUCCAUAGAUUCAAAUGAUAACUUGAAUACAUCCAUUGGGGAUACACAUACUGUUGCCUCUGGCCCUUCUGCAGCUCAUGUCAGUGAAGUUCAAAGUCGCAUUAAGGAGAUUCUGAGCAAAUGCAGCAGCGGUGUCUGGGUGUCAAAGGUGCCACACAUCUACCGGGAAAUGUACUGGGAGGAGCUUAACACAGCAGUGCUCCAUCAGCUUGAGAACUGGCCUCAUGUGUGCACAGUGGAGAAAGUACACCGGGGUGAUCAGAUCGAUGGGCUUCUUUAUCCUGCUAAGAAAAUACCACCAACAGCAAAAAGUGAUACAGAGCAAGAAAAGGCAUCUCAGAAUGUUACUUCUCCAAAAGCAGACCCUUUGGUAAAACCAAAUAUGGAGACCACGCCUACAUCACUUAGUAAGGACUUUAAGCAGAAAGUUGUUAACAUCUUGCUGAAGUAUUCCAGUGGUCUUUGGGCUAAUGCGCUUCCCAAAUUGUACCAAGACACUUACGAAGUAAAAUUUCCAGAAGACAUUCUCAAUAAUUUAGAGUUGCUGUCAGAUGUAUGCGUAGUGGACUAUGUAUCUGAAGUCCCCAGAAAAGCCAUCCUCUAUGCGAAACCCCAAAGACACGUUGACGAAAAUCUGAAUGUCACUGAGAAAGUCCAGAGGCAUGAUGGUGUGAAGGCCACAGCUGAGCAACAGUAUGAAGAAUCCAAGGACCAGUAUCCAGAGAACAUAACUGUUCCUCCUCUAAUCAUUCCAUCGGAAGGAUCUGUGUCUGUCAUAGUGUUAGAACUGAAAAACACCAAUGAGGUUCUAAUUAGGUAUGUGGGCAAAGAUUAUUCUUCUGCCCAAGAACAAAUGGAAGAUGACAUGAAAGCGUAUUAUAGUCAGAAUAGUACAGUGUCAGUAGCUCAGUCUCUGAGUGUUGGGCAGCUUGUUGCAGUACACGCUGAAGAAGAUGCCUGGUUGCGUGCUCGGAUAAUUUCUCUAGAAGACAACAGAAUAAAGGUAUGCUAUGUUGAUCAUGGCUUCAGUGAGUUUGUUGACAGCAACAGUGUGUACAAACUACAGAAGCAGUUCCAUUCACUUCCAUUUCAAGCUGCAAAAUGUAAACUGGCAGGACUGGAGGUCUUCUGUGAUGAUCCUGUCCUAGUAAAGACUGUGGAAUCGCAGACAUUCUCCAAGAUAUUUGCUGUGGAAAUACUGGAAAAGAGUGAUAUUCCUCUUCUUGUUCUCUAUGACACUUCCGGAGAAGACGAUAUCAACAUCAAUGCUACUUGUCUGAAGGCACUGUAUGACAAGUCCCUUGAGCUGCACCUACAGGUAGAUGCACUGUAUACAAAUGUAAGAGUAACAAGCGUUUUCUCUGACGGAAGCCUGUAUUGCCAAGUGCCAUCUAAAGGCUUGUCUAGACUUACUGAAAUCUUGCAGAAAGUGGAAGACUACUUCCUUUACAAGCAAACAUCUGAGUUUAAUGUAUCGCUACCUUUCUGUGGCAAAAUCUGCUUGUUUCCUUCCAAAGGAAAAUGGGCACGUGUAGAGAUAAGAAUUAUUCACACUAGACGGGCACUUGAUGUGCAGUUCAUGGAUACUGGAACAGUUGGAACUGUGAAAGUAUCAGAGCUUAGAGAAAUCCCACCACAGUUCCUGAGAGAAGUAAUUGCAAUACCUCCUCAGGCUUUAAAAUGCUGCCUGGCUGAUCUGCCUCCUAACACUGGCAUGUGGACUCCAGAUGCUGUACUGUGGCUGAGAGACACUGUGAUGAAUUGUCCUGAAUUUAGCAUGAAGGUGGUUAAACAGGAUAGUUCAAAGGGAAUUGCACAUGUUUACUUGUUUGCUCCAGAGAAUUUCCCAGACGUGGAUCGUAGCGUCAAUCGACAGAUCAAAAAUGCAGACUUGUGGAAGCAUCAGAAAGAUGUUUUCUUGAGUGUAACACCCAGUGAGACUAGCACCACAAAAGUGACAAGUGAUGCUGUUUCAGCUCUGCGGUUAACCACUGGAAGGCUAGAGAAGAGUUUCUCUGAUCCAGCCAGAGAACCCAGUAGUGCAGUGUCUACCAUUGAUAUGCCUCCACCUCUACCUUUGUCAAAGACUGGUGAGCUCAUGGAUGUCUAUGUCUCAGUGGCCUGCCAUCCAGGUCACUUUAUUGUCCAGCCUUGGAAGGAGCUACAUAAUCUGGAAGCCCUGAUGGAAGAAAUGAUCUUGUACUACAGCAGGGCAGAAGAGAAACCAGUGAAUAUUGAAAAAAACAAGCUGUAUGCAGCUAAAAUUGAAAAUCAGUGGUACAGGGUUGUAAUAAAAGGAAUUCUUAGAAAUGGGUUUUUGUCUGUAUAUGAGCUGGACUAUGGUAAACAUGAGUUUGUCAGCAUAGAGAAAGUACAGCCGCUCAUGGAUACAUUUAGAAAACUACCUUUCCAAGCUAUAACAGCUCAGCUUGCAGGAGUGAAAAGCCAGCAGUGGUCAGAAGAGGCAUCAAUAGUGUUUCGGAAUCUUGUAGAGAAGAAACCACUGGUGGCACAGAUACAGGCAGUUAAUGAAAGCACUAACUCUUGGGAUCGAAAAAUUGUGACUUUUCUUGUGGACACAUCUCUUCCAGAUACUGAUAUAUGGAUUCAUGAUUUUGUGUCUCAAAGUCUUGUGGAAUUUUCAAAGGAUGAUUAAUCACCAUUUCUGAAAUGUAGCAGCUCAGAUUCUUUAGCAAUAAAAUAAGUAACAGGCUUUGAAGAUAAAUAGUUAUAUGGCCUUGCAGACAUGAAUGUGAUAACAUUGUUAAACAGUUAUACAGCCUUGAAGACAUGAAGGGGAUAACACUGAAGAUAGAAAAAUCUUUGUUCUUUGAAAAGAGUUUGUUUACUGAGUUUGGGUUUUGUUGACUUUCUGAAAAUAUGCACUUUGUUUACCAUUGUAGUACUAGAAUGCUUGAGUGAAAAUAUUAAAAAAAUUAUUUAUCAAUAAAAUAAUGUUGACUUUG